AUGUCUGUCAUUCAAGAUCUACCAAGCAAUGUUUUGUUAUCACUCCCAUGGUCUCGCCUAAAGGAAUCGGUAUACGAGCGAGUCUUGAUUCCUACCAUAGCAAACAACGACUCUUAUGUGCCUACCUCCAGGCCGGAAAUCAUGGCAAGUUCGUGGACGAAUACGUGUCGGCAAACUCUUGUCUUCGCCGGCAUACUAUCCAUCCCACUUAUCUUCAACUACCUAUUCAUUGUCGUUCAAUAUCACUGGACAAACAAUCGACGGACAAAUGGACAGAUACCACCUCAGUACCCUGCGCUGCCAGUAAUUGGUAGCACACUUUCGUUCUUGUGGGAUGGCGCUUCGUUCGUGAAGAAGGCAACGACCUAUGCUGGGAAGUUGACCUGUGUGCGAAUCUCGCUACUUGUCAGCGGCAUCUAUCUCGUCUCGGAACCUGAGGCUGUCGCGGACAUGUGGAAGCAGCCAACCCUCUCAAGUCCCAUUUACGUGUAUACUGUUGGACUGCGUUACAUCUUUGGGAUGCGCGAGAAAGCCAUCAAGACAUAUACGGAGGACGACUCAGGCCCAUACCGUAAGCCUCAUCCCAAUAGCAACGUGGCGCCUCACAACCGGAUCGACUUCCUCACACACGACUCCCUGCUCCGGGGAUUAACGGGCUCGUCUAUGCUUCCAACAUUUCAGAGAUACCAAACCAUCGUCAAGCAAAAUCUUGAUGCACAGGCGAUCGGAGAAGAGUGGGUCGAAAUGCCUGAUCUUUUGGCCUUCUUUCGCGACAGCGUCGGCAAGGCAACGCUUGAGGCGCUUUAUGGGCCUUCACUUCUUAAGAUCAACCCAAACUUCAUCAACGACCUUUGGGAGUUUGAUGGACAUGUAAAGAACCUCGCAAAGCGGCUCCCCCGCUUUCUGAUACCGAAAGCGUAUCGUGUACGCGACCAGCUGAAGGAUCAGAUUCUGAACUGGUAUCAGUAUGCGCGGCAGCAUUUCCGAGAUGAAGCAGUGCAUAACGAGAGAAAAGAUUGGGACCCUUACUGGGGCUCUGUCAUGAACCGGGAUAGGCAGAAGACAAUUCUGAGUAUCGACGGACAGGACGACGAGGCGCUUGCAUCGACAGAUCUCGGGUUGAUCUGGACAUCAGUCACCAAUCUUGUGCCCUCGACAAUGAUGACUACAUUGCAUAUUUUCAACGAUGCCGAUCUGCUAUCGCGCGUCCGUACGAGUCUGGACGAUACGGUUUCUUGCGACGAAGAAAAGACCGAUGUCGCAAUGGAUAAGCUGCUGUCAAAAGAUCUGCUGCAGUCAGUCUAUGCAGAGACGCUGCGAUUAUACGUGCAGUCAUACAUCACGCGAUGCUCGCCGCACGAAGAUGUGCCUGUCGGCAGUUGGUGGCUACCACGGAACGAAGUGAGCAUGGUAGCAUCGUAUACUUCGCACAUGAACACAGACCUGUGGAAUACUCAAGAGGGAAAGCACCCUGUGACGGACUUUUGGGCCGAGCGAUUUCUGCUGGACCCCAACGAUGACCAGUCCGGGCCACUCAAGCGAACGGGUGAUGAGAAGGUGCCCACCAAGGCCGGAGAUGUCGGUGUUCACUUCUCCAACAAAGGCUUGGGUGGCGCGUGGAUACCUUACGGAGGUGGCUUUGGUGCGUGCCCGGGUCGCUUGCUGGCGAAGCGCGUCAUCAUGUUUACGUGUGCAUUGCUCAUUACAGAAUACGAAGUCGAUAUUCGCACGCAGGACUUCGAAAUGGAUUCGUCGGAUUUUGGGCUUGGCACCCAGAAGCCAAAGGCACCAAUCGCGUUUGCAAUUCGGAAGCGAAAUGUCGCGAAGUGA